AUGAAUCUCCUGGCCAAGAUCCAACCAGAUGCCAAGAAGAUGGCAUCACCUUCUGAAACCAGAGACAUGUCUGUGGACAAGCCCUGUACAGAUACCACUCUGGAGAGGUAUAAACUGGUGGAGAGGAUGAUGAAGUUCUCAUCCCUGGUGAGAGAUAUGUAUCCUUGCCCCAAGGAAGUCAGGAAUUUCAAUGGGGUUGAUGAUAAUGAAGAGGAUGAUCUGGUUGAGGUGAAAAGAUAUCUGGAUGAGAUUGCAGCCAGUAGGGAGGCUGACCAAGGAGUUACUUCUGGAUCCUUGACCAAAAAUGCAUUCAAACCCUUUCCAUCAACAUCAAAGAUGGAACCACCAAAUCUUAGUUCUUCUGGAUCAGUGCACGAGGCCUCAAGUGAUUUACUCCAGGCUCAAGAAGCAGACGCCUCACAGACGCAGACAGCAGAGGAUCCUGCGGAAAAUACUCAACGGCCUCCGGCAAAAAGGCAUUUCUCCACAAAACAUACAUCGUGGGAUCCAGAAUUGCCAGAUGCAAAGAAACCACGCCCUGGACCUGAGAAGGAUAACAACAAAUCUCUCUACUUUCGCCGUGCACUUCUUGCUCCUCGUGCCGAUGAUCCCAGUUUGCCUGUGGGUAUUGAGCUUCAGCACCCGCAUAAUGGGUGCCAUGUGUUGUCAGUUUUGGACUGUGAAGAGCAAAAGACAUAUGUGUCGCUCAUGGAGAAGUAUCAGUAUGUCACUCGAGAUGAGGUCUUGAAAAUGAAAGGCAAAGACCGUGAGGGCUGGAAAAGCUUCUUUCCAAUACAUCAGAAAGUCCUUCUUGAGCAGGAAAAGUGUAUGGAAGAAUUGACCAGGUUCGCAAAGGAGCACAGGUUGAACAAAGACUUUAUUCCACAGGGGAUGAAAGAGUAUGUUGCUGAUUGCCUUCAGGCACGGUUGCAUCGGUGCCUCAUCUAUCCUCGAUUCUACACGCUCCAAGACACGAUCCAUCUGAUGCAGCUGGGACCCUACUCCUUCCAAGUCUGCCCUUACUUCACUCUUCAGUCCACCUUAGCUGAACUGGGGAGAGCACCCAAGUUAAUGGUGCCCAAAGAGCAAAGGAAUGUGUGCCUCCCGAAGCCACCAACAGUGUCUCGACGUUUCCCUCCUGUCUGUGAUUCAGCUAAUCCACAUCAACUUCCAUACCUAUCCAAGGUGCCAGUCUCACAGGAUGAGAACAUCCAGAAGUUGCUCCCAGAGGCACAACCAGAUUUUGUGAUGUCGAGGAGUGUAUUCAAGGCACUGGUGCUGAUGAGUGGGGCAUCCUGCAUCCGUCAGAUCCCCAUCACCAUCUCAGAAGUGGAUCUCAAUGGAAAGAAGCACAAGGUUGUGUAUCUUGACCGGCCCCUGCCCAAGAUCUUUACUUCCAACUAUGAGCAAAAAGAGAUCUAUAGCAAACUUGCCCUGCGAACUCUCACCACACAGCCUCUUCCCUCAAAAAAAAAUUUCAGACCGGCAUUUCUGGACCAGAAUUCAAGCAGAAAGGACAUAGAUAGUAUUCGACAGUUACCAGAUUCAACAGAUGACACAUUUGAUACGGGUGCCCAUGAUGCUGAAGAACUGGAGACUUUUGGGGUUGCGUAUCAGCCGAUGGCAAGACACACGGGUAGGAACCCGAAGGAAGAGAAUUUAAAAGAAGAUGGAAAAGGUGAAGAGAGAGAGGAACAGAAGACCAAGUAUCAAGAGGGUCAAGUCCCUGAGAGUCGAAACCUCAAGCUUCCUCUUCUGGACCACGUGACGUACAACACGUGGGAACUACGUCUCAAUCAGGUCCCCUUUCGAAUCCUCAUCAGGUCCUUCGUACAUGCUGCUCGGCCAAAUCAAGGAAUGGGGGGGACGCUGAUCCCAUAUCACAUGUUUGUGAAGCCUGAAUACCAGUCACAUUAUGGGGUAGAGGUGCUGUCAUGGGAGGAGGCUGCCAGGGAAUGGGCUGCCUGUGCCAUCACACCCAAUUCACGUGUCCUUCGAGUUCGGAUGAACUCAUAUAACAACAAGGUGAUCAUGGUGGAAGACCUUUCACCUGAUAUGGUCCAGGUUUCAUCUCAGAAGGUGGGCUUCAAGCCCAAUGAAGCCCUGGCCAACAUACAUCUUGUUCUGAGUCGCCUCAAGAAUCAACUCCCCGGCCAUUACCUGUUGGAUAUCAAACGGGGAGAACGAAACGUUAAUCUCAAGGUUGCUGUCGAUGCAAGCAAGACAGGCAUAGAAAACUUGAAUCGCUAUGACUUGCACACCGCCUACAGCAAGGUGCCCCAGCAGGGCCCAAAGAGAGAAGAGGAAUACCUCCCCAUCGACAGAUCCCUGCUGCCUCCCUUCAACCGCGUCUACGGCCGCAUCCCGUGCACCUUCUGGCCUCUCAAGCCGGGCAUGAAUAGGAAAGGAGGGAAGCCCAUGACAGGGAAGAAAAAGAAGAAGAACAAGGGGCAGAACAAGAAAAAGGCUCAAAAGAAUGCUCCUUAAUCAUGAGCUCUUGGAUACUUCUGUCUACACAAGAAUGAUUAUUCUGGUCUUCCACUUUGGUGAGAAUGAAGGAC